AUGAGCCGAACAUUCACGAGGACCCCGCAGGCCUGCAGCUUGUGCCGGCGCCGGAAGACCAAGUGCGAUGGCGUCCGCCCUCGCUGCGGGCACUGCCGGUCGAAGAAUCUCGAGUGCGAGUGGCCCGCUCCAGAGGUCCAAGCGUAUGCGCCGCCGACCGCACCGCCAACCGGGCCGCUGACCUCGCCUUUAACGCCGAGUUCAUUCGACCCGACGGCCGGCAGCGUCAUCCCUUUAGCCUCGCCGUCCUCUCCAUCAGUCACCGGAGCGGAGCUCUCCCCGGAGGGCCUGUUGCUGUGUCUCGAUCUGUUCUUUGAACGUCAUUUUGCCAGUGACUUCUGCUCUUUCGACCACCAGCCAGACUUCGAACAGAAAUGUCGACAAGAUCCGCUGCUUGCGUCGUCGGUGGUCGCACUCUGUGGCCGGUAUCUGGGCCCUCAGGUCGCACAGAGCGUCUUCGGGCUCUCGUCGGCUCAGGAAGUAUCCAAGGCAUACGGUCACAAAGCGAGAUUCUUGGCCAAGAUGUCCUCUGAUGAACCCUCUGUUGCACACGUUCAGGGAAACUUGAUCCUGGCUAUGGCCGAACUGCUAUCCAACUCGGGUUCUCGUCACUGGCUAUUCUCGGGCAUAGCAAUCCGCAUGGCAGAGAUCAUGCGGCUCAACAAAGAAUUUCACCAGAAGCACAGCCUCAAGGAGCAGGAGAUUCGCAGAAGGACGUUCUGGGCCUGCUUGCUGUUUGACAGAGCUCUAGCCUAUCUCUUGGGCAAGCAUCGCACGCUAAGUCUAGAAACCGUAACGAUUGCUGUUCCAGGUACCGACUCUUCGCUCGCAUAUCAAGACGAGUCAAGAGGCGUUACCCUGGGCAACUUGAGCGCCUAUCGGAGGCCGUCGGAUCUGGGUGUGCAUCCAUACCUCAUCAAAACAGUCUGUGUCUGGAGUGACAUGGCGGACUUCGCCAAUUCUUCACGAAGACAGGUCGAUCCAUAUCCGCCGACGGACCUGCGGAGUAUGUUCUUCAUCCGAAACUCUGCGCUGCAGUCCUGGAUCGAGUCGCUCCCCGGCGGUCUCGCCUGGAGCCCGCAAAAUUAUGAUGGCCAAGCCGUACUGGGUAAGGGCAGGUCAUUCACGGCAAUGCACUUCCUUCUCUGCAGUGCUUCUUGCGUGGCCCUACAGUGCUAUCUGCCUCAUAUUACGCUCUUCACAAAGCUAGUUGACCUCGUGGAUGCGGCCGGCCUCUCCUAUCUACACAGGGACCCGCAACUCAUCGAGGAGUGCGUCUCCAAUGCUUUCAAGGUCGGGGAUAUGCUUCAAUUCUUGGUGUCUACGUACCAGCGGCCCGGCAAAUCCCCACUACAGAGCGUCUGGGUGGCAUGUUCAGUCCUGAUCGUGGCAAACACCUUCUUGUGGCUUCGUUACGCCGAGGACGAGAUAUGCACUGCGCCCAACGUGCGAGAGAGAGCAAAUCACUACUUUGACCUAGUCCACCAGCUCAUCUCAUCCUGGGGCCUCGAGUGGAAGGCGGCUAGACAGUGGCUGACGUCGCUUGAUGCCAUGCACGACUUGUACAAGGCGGCGUAUCUUGGCGAGGUGCACGACGGCUUCCUCGGUCGCGAGGAGCCAGGUGCGGCGACAGCGGCGGAUGAUGAUGAGUCUGGCAAUGAUUUCCGGCCGCAACCUGGCGACGGGUUCCCCUCGAUCAUUUCGCUACCCAACUUGCAGUCCUCCGUCAAGUUUGCGACCUCUGAUACGUCGGCCAAGUCGAUCAGUCUGCAGUCUAUCUGGCUACAGCUUUCUGGUGGCUGGCACUAUGGCUUUCCAGAUCACGGCUCAAUGUUUGACCCUGAGAUGGGGAAUCAGGCCGGUUUCAACGUGGUCAAUGACCCCAUUUCGCAAUGA